AUGGAAUUAUCCUCUGCUCAGCUUACUGCGCUUCAAAGUGCUCAGUCCAUCUUACACGACGCUGGGCUGUCUCCUCGCGAUCUCGAUGAUCACUCUCAAGCUUCGUCUCCAUCCCCAUCAUCUUACUCUUCCCCAGAUUCACCUACUACACCUCUCCCAUUGUCUGAUCCGGACUCGUGUUCUGCCAUUCUCGCAGCCCAAUAUAUUCCCCCUCCUGCACGCUCCUUCACGCCAGCUGAAAUAUCUGCUGGUGCUCACCGUAUCAAUCGACAGUCAAUCGCACACGCAAUCAUCAAUCACCCACCAGGUAUCAUCGUCGAGUAUCCUCAAACUGGUUCAUCAAAGGGCAAUGCUAUUGCCCACAUUUUUACUCUUGCUCGCGACUCAAACACCGCGGAUUUCAACCCUGCUCCUCAGUCCAACUUCCAGUAUUCACUAGGUGAUGGUCAUGGUGGCUUGAAGGGUGUUCAAUGUCACCUGCUCCGUGAUAGUGCGGGCCAGCCAGUGCGCUGCAAAAAACUCUCUACAUCUUGUAAAGGACUUAAAACGUGUUCUGCACGUUCGGAGAAAAUUUUCAAUGCCACGCACUCAUAUACGAAUCGCUCGCACGUUGCAGAGCUCAUUGCUCCCCCGCUCCUACCAUUUGAAGACAGUGCAAAGCGUGAAGUUUUCCUCAAGACAUUUGCUUUUUUCUGCUCUCUUGUAGAGCACGGUUGUGCAUUUAUGGCCAGUCCUGAGUGCGUUGGCAUGGAUCGUGAUGACGCAGACUCGGAUGAUGUUAGUAUGACGAGUACUGUUAUGGACGACGAAGAAGGUACCACACGACACUUGUCGAGUGCUAGUAGUACCUGCCAAGGUAAACUUGUCAUGCGAGUUGACAGAUUCAACCGGCGCUACAUCCAAUGCCAAUUUCGCUCGCAAAAUAAUCGGUCCCACCUGAUUCUUGGUAACCUGCAGGAAUUUGAUACUCGCUACCUGCAGGCUCUCCUUGAUGAUGAUGAAGUACUCAUUGCAUCUCAUGAGGAGGAUGCGAGACAGGAUGGAUAUGGCCCGCUCAUUCCUUGUCGCUUUGUUGCCUCUCCGUCUGAGCAAAAGCAACUUUCACAUUGGCAUCGAUUCAGCGACGGAACAUUAGCACGCGGAACAUUACUUAAAUGGGAGCACCAUUGCACCGCCAAAUUCGACAUUUAUGUACCCGAGGAUUUACCUGCAUGCCCUCAAGUUGUUGUCAUUUGUCACAACCCUCAUUCACAUCCUCCACCGGCACCUGUCAAAACACCACCUUCACUAGUCAACCUAUUUCUGUCUCUUCUACUGGAUAUGGACUGGCAGCUUGCUGAUGCAACUCCACGUCGCAUUGUUUUGGACUCGGGCUUCAUGAAAGGACUUCGUAUGGCAUUAGGAUGGGUGGCAGACCGAAGCCCUUGUCUUUCUGAUAUUCAUCCGUCGCUCGCCAACCUUGAUCAUGUCCGGCAUUUAAUUAAUGUUUUCCGCUUUGAAAAAUAUCCCCUUGGUACCGGUUUUGAAGGUGCAAGGCUCCUAGUUGACGAAGAAAAUAAACAGCCACGAGAACAGCGUUAUGUUCGCUGUGCGGAGACCUACACUCUCACGGCGAAGACUGAAUUCCGCCUUGUUAUUUGCAUGACAACCAGCAUGGCUCAGCGUCUCUUGGGUGCAAAACGGAUCUCGAUUGACACAUCAUUCAAGCGCCUGCACGGUUGGCAGGAGUUCGAGAUCGAGGCAUGGGAUAGCGAGCAUAUGCGGUCUGUGACGGGCGCGAGAGCUUUUACAACGUCUCAAAGUGCCCAAGCACACCUAAUCUUAUUCCAGCGUAUUUUUCAGAUCGCUGAAGAAGAUACAGGAUUAUCGGUAUCUUUCUAUCACAUUCACGGGACAGGAUAUGAGUCCGUUGUUGCUGACGGGCACAUGGGACAAGGACUUGGCCUCGGGAUGUUCUGCGUUGAACUCUGUCAGAAUAAUCAUGCGUUCUGCAGUUACGAGCAAAAUCGCCGGCUUCGUGACCUAGAUCCAUAUGACCACUUGCGUCGUUUCUACCGUGUUUGCAUCACUCAUUUCAAGCGCAACGUUCUUGCACUUCGGACAUAUGUCUCAAGUGAAGUAUAUUCUGCAAUGUUGAGUCUAGCAUCUACAGAAGCACAACCCGAUAUUGAAACGACAUUCAAAACCAUCCGCGCCGGUGGAAGGAAGGCCCAAGCUUGGUUGAAGGAUAAAUUAGUAACGAACAAAUUUGUGCUCGCUGCGAUAUACCGUCCAGCAAGCCUAAUACCAGAAAUCAUUUGGAGAGCCUGUCCAUCGACUACGAACGGCAACGAGCAAGCACAUCGCAGUGCGAAUCGUGACGGUGUUAAUCUCACCCUUCUCGGUGGUAUCAUGCGGGGUCGGGACUUUGACGAGCGUGCUGCACAAAGCAUGGGAGUCCAUAUGUCCUUGGGCAUCAACACCCGUGAUCAAGAUGCAACACACGUGUGCCGUGCUACACGAUCCAUUGUUCGACAAGGUAAUAUAUAUUAA